AUGUCUGGCGGAGGAGAGGUUCGUGUCCUACGCCAAGAGGCCGGACAAGAGAGCCCGAGGAUGCCGGCCUGGAAGCGUGAGAUCCUGGAGAGGAGGAAAGCAAAGGGCGGAGGUUCAGGGGGAGCCGGUUCUUUCGAUUCAAGCCCCGGUGGUGCAGGCCCGCAGCGGGUGAACGGCGACUUAACGGGAAACGUGAACGGGAGCAGCAGCAGUAGUAGUAGUGUGCCCAAGAGUGACAGCGGGCAGAGCGGCGGGUCCGGGCGGAACUACACCAUCACCACAGCCAGCCAACAUUUCUCCAACAACAAAGAGCCUCGUCCAGCGGCCCCGGAGAGGACGUUUUCGAGGGAGAGCGAGAGACAAGAGAGUCUAGUGCUACAGGAAAGCCUGGGCCCGCUGGAGGAGAACCCGUUCAUCAAGCUGGAGAAGGAGCGGAGGAGGCGGCAGGACCGAGAAAACGCCGCUCGUCCCGUGCCGCACAUCCUGGAGCUGUACGGCAGUGUACCCGGCAUACGGACUAUCCGCGCAGAGAACAUCAUCAUCAUUGAAUCAGACCCCGAUUACUUUCCAGAAACUGGAGGGUUAAAGACCGGGUCUCAAUGGCAGCAAAAUGGUGUCAGUGGUUAUAGCUCUCUGAACGACCUCCUGGACCGGAGAGGGAGUGCUGUUACAGAGAUAAGAGCCAAGGAAGUGGUAAUUUAUGACACCACGUUAAGCAAGAGCGAGGAGAACUUGAGCACCCUGGGCCGCCCUGAUCAUGCGCUGUCAUCAUACGAGACAGGUCAGGGCCAAGGCAGGGUUAGCCGGAUGCUGCAGAAAUUUGACAGCAACUAUGGGAAGCUGCAGAAGAAGUCCCACAGCACAGAGAACCUGCUGGACCUGGAUUGUAGUUCCAGCUGCAGGCCAAGGCUCUGGUCUAAGCAACAGCCAGAUCUGGUGCCAAAGCCCAGGCAAAGUCCAGUGGUCAGCAGCCUGGGCAGCAGCCAACCAUCGUCUCCUGUCUUCCAGGGUUCCUGGUCUUCCAAACCAAAGCCACCCUCAGCUGUCUAUGACCCGGGCAGCCCAAAACGCUCUGCUGCUCCCUCUCAGUCUGUGUCCUCAUUCAGACAGAGGUUUGAGGAGAGUGGAGGUCGUGGGGUGACUGCCAGCCCAAGAGAUGAGCCAGACAGGGGACAAACAAAGCCCACCAGGGAGAGAGACUGGGAGGGUACAGAGGUGCCACCCAAACCUAAGGUGCCAUGCUCUCCAGAGACCCUACUUGCUCGUGCCGUGUCCCCUUCAAGCCCCAUCGCAAAGGUGUCACACUCCUCAUCUGAUUUUGAGAUCCGUCCCUCCCCAAAGCCAGACCUUUCCAGAAUUCCCGAUGGAGACAUACAGGCACGGGCCCUCGCAAACUUACGCCUGCAGUCCAAAAACUCCUUCCAAGUCAUCCCCAAGCGGCGUCCCAGCCCAACACCUUCCAGCCCCAUCAGGUCCUCCCCCUCUCACAGAGUGUCAGGGGUGACUAUGCCAGGAGUGCCAAACUCUCACGCCCCCUCGCCUAGUUUGAUGCCCUCAAAGAGGAAUGAGGAGAAACUGAAGGAGGAGAAGGAUGUAGAGAGGCCGGGGAAGCCAUAUAAGGCAGAACCCUCUCCUUCUCCAUCUGUUGCCACAAGUCCUGUGCCUCCUCCUAUUUCAGAACCCUUGUCCCCACCUCCUGCAGUAACCCCAGUUCCUAUUUCUCCACCUGCCCUAUCUUCACCACCAUCUUCACCUGCCUUCUCCCCACUUCCCUCAGACUCUCCUGCCCCAUCUCCCAUUCCUUUCUCCCCCUCUCCCCCAGCUCCUGAACAGCCUGCCACAGAUCAGCUUCCAGUAACAAACAUAGAUGACAUUGAGGUGGAGCCCCCGCUGCGAGUCCCUGUCCCCAGCCCCAUGGUGCACAGGAAAAAGGCCAACACCUUCACUGUGAUACCUAAACGCAGGCAGGAACCUGAGGGUCAGCCGAGCUCACCUGAACCCCAGCAGGAAGUCUCAAGUGAGGGUCAGCCGGGGUCCACACCCCCACAGGCCCCUUACUCUCAGCUUGGCUCGCUGCUGAAGAAACGCUACCCUGCUGUGGAGGAGAUCGAGGUGAUUGGUGGAUACCUGUCCCUGGAAAAGUCCUGCCUUGUCAAGACGGGCUCCACAGGCAAGAAGGUAAGGCCAAAAACUAACCUGAACUGAAUUGCUUUGAUGACAUGUCUCACAAUUUCACUAACAUGAAGGGGCUGAAUGGUUAAUGGAUUAAGAAGUACAUGAAAAUCGAUAAUACUUGAAAUAACUAAUCAGCAAGAUGCCUCUGAAACAGCUGGUCGUAGUGUGUUAAAUGUAAAGAUCUGCAGCUUUCUUCUUCUCAUAUCAUGUUUACUUUAUAUCUUUGGUGUAAACAUUAUCCCUGAGAUAUUUUAAAAGACAUUAAAAGUGAUUUUUUUUUACAUUGAAAAGGGCAGUUUAAUCUAAAAGGCACAAAGUGGAUUGAUAAAUACAACCUGAAUUCCUAAAGAGUUAAGAGGUUAUGUGAAGCAUUUCUAAAAAUAGAAUUUGAUGAUUUGCAAAUCAUCUGCACCCAACUUUUAACAGUUUUACUUUCAUGAUGCACCAAAUGCUUUUAACAAGUGAUAAGUUGGGACUACAGACAGGCUAAUUCAGCACCAAAACUUUUUCACCUUAAAGUCAUGCUGUUGUAAUACCUGCAAAAUAUACAUAUAUUGUGAGCACUUAUGUAUCCCUCUACCAUCAGGAUGUCAGCUAUUAAAUUGUAUGUGUGCUGAAAGCAGGUUGAGUGGUACUUCCCUCUUUAGAGCAGAGUAUGCUGUGUCUGUGAUUUCCACAAUAAAUGUCAAAUUUCAUUUUAUCAGACCAAUGGAAAGUUUGUCACAUCCCCUUCAUCUGUCUUAAGCAGGCUCCAGGUUCUCUUAAUCUUGAACCAUAUUAUGUAUUGUAGAUGAUGAAAUCCCCAAACUCUUUGCAAUUUUAUGUUCAGGGACAUUAUUCUGGGACCCUCACAGAAUGAUGAACCACCUCCCAUCCUUAAAUCUGAGAAAUUCACCUUCCCUGGAAUGGUUUUUUUAGUAUAACACAGCUUUUUCAGUGUUUGUUGCCUUGUCCCAACAUUUUAGAAACAUGUGGCCGCCAUAAGAUUUAUUAUGAGCUUAUAUUUUCAUAAAAAAGUUUUCAGCUUCAACAUUUUAUUUGUUGGAAAAACAGGUUUGGAUGAUUUGAAAACCAUCAACUCUAUCUUAAAUUAACAUAUUACCUCGUGUCUCAGCUGUGUAUUAGGGUUGUGCUAAAAAUAAUGAUUUUAUGCAGAUGUUUUGCAGCCCUGGAUAAGAAUAAAUAUGCACAGUCUGGUUAAUGCUCUAAGUAGGUGCAUUAUUUUGUUCUUAAAACCCUCAUGCGUAACAUGUGCCAAUUCUUCCUGAGGGGAUCAUUAUAGUUUCCUCUGAUCUAAAUUUAGUAGUCAAACAUCACACAGGAAAGGCUCUGCUUCACUUUGCCUUUUUUCUCCCUGUGCGCCUGUUCUUUUAUUGUUCAUUAUCCAGACUGGCACACUCCAGUCACCUGAGCUUUUCAGGUAUUCAGGCUAGCAUUUCCACUCAUGGCUAAUCCUCACAGUUAUUUUCCUGAGCUGUGCUGUGAGCGAAUGUGUCUGCUACUCUAAACAUCCCAUCACUUGACCCGCUCUCAGACCUGGUGGAUGGAUUAAAAGCAUGUGUUUACUCAGCCACUUGGACCGACACGCAGAGUUUUUUUGCCUGUAGACUACCGUCCCACAAAGGAAUGUUAUUUGUCGCAGAGCGCAUUAUUGGGUUAGGUGGCCCUUCAAGCCUAUUGACUGAACAAUCUCAUCAAGGCUGUAUUCAAUUCUCAGGAUUUGGCAGGGGGAAGGAUUCGGGGCUGGCUCCGACCUGUCCUCGACUCUCAGGAACAUAUUGAUUGCUUCUACAUUAAAUCACUCUAACCCUGGUUCUUGGAUCAUAAUUAAAUGACGGCAAAGUUUGUUUUUUGGGCAUAAUAGCUAUCUCGCCAUCAUUAUCAGAUAUCUGAUGCCUAUUGGCCAAGGUCUUGCUGCAAAGUGCCUCUGUUUUAUCUGCAAAGGGAUUAAUUUGAUACCAGAAAAUGUUUCUAAUUAAUUUGCUGGUAGCUGCAGGCUGCUUUCAGAUUCAUGGGUGUCACACAUUAUUUUCAGCAUGGUGUGUUUAUGUCUCUCCUGACAGCACAAGAUCUCUGCCUGUGGCAUGGAUUUUUCCUUUAAAGCUCCUGUGAGGAGUUUUUAGCUGGUUAGGAAUCAGACUAAAAUUGAUAACGAUGUUUCUGUGUGACCUAAAAAAACCAAACCAGACCAUUAGUAAGAGUUCUUUCUACUUCUACAAACUAGAUUUUAAUGCCCACAUUUGCUGCCAAUGCGUCAGUGUCUGUGGAAGCAGUUUAGAGGCUGGCAUUGCUUUUACUUUGAUAUAAAAUAUUCACAGUUAGUUUGAGAAGAUCACAGAAUGAUUCUUUUCCAGAAUAUAACAACCCCGAUUCACAUAGAAGCUGUUACACUGAUUGACAAGUGGAAGUUGAUGGUUUGGAAAUCAUUUAAAUCCAGUAUUCAAGUGAGAAAAAUAGUGUAUGCUUUUAAAAUUAUGCCAGUAACCAUUUCAAAAAUGAGCUGAGGAAGGGACAGGGACAAUAAAAGGAGAAAAGAUGGCAAAAGAAUCACCUCUCUUUUUGGAGUAAUGUUCCUCUGGCUUCCUCAGCUUCCCUCAGUGUAGAGUUGGGAAAAAAAAGAGGAAAAAAGAAAACAAGAAAAUGUCAUUACUACAGUGCAUAAUAUCAGCAAAGGUUUCUGAAAAUCUGGAGAAAUCGCUGUACAAAUCUCUUGAUGGCUGUGAUGUUUAGGCCCCCAGUCAGCAUUGCAUUAAAAACACAAUUUACUUUGUAGUAGAAAUGACUGCAUUGGCUCAAAAUCCCUUCCAAGAAUCACUGCCGGUGAAUACAAUUUAUCACUGCACCCACAAAUGCAGAUUAACCCUCUACUACGCAAAUAGGAAGCCAGAUAUGUUCAUGAUUCAGAAAUGCCAAUAAAGAAAAAAUGGAGAAGUGGCUAACUUUCAUAUGGUCUGAUGAGUCGAAAUGUGACUUUAUUUUUGGAAAUCAUGGAUGCUGCAGCUUCUGAUCAGAAGAGGCGAAUGACCACCAGACUUGUUAUCAGCUUACAGACCAAUGGUUUUGUGGUGCGUAAGUGUUCAUGUAGCUUUCACAUCUGGAAGGCUCAAUUAAUACUGAACAGUAUAUGCAGGUUUUGGAGCAGCAGAUGCCAUCCAGACAAUGACUUUUCAGGGAAGACCUUCAUAUUUCAGCAAGAGGAUGACAAACCACACUAUGCAGGGAUAACAGCAGCAUGGCUCUGUAGUAGAAGAGCUCUGCUGCUAAUAUGGCCAGCGUGACAUUCAGCGAGAACAUUUGGGGCAUCAGGGAAAAAAUAUGACAAAAAAAGCCCCUGAACUGUUGAACAGCUGAUCUUAUAGCCAAUCUUAUAUAACUAAAGCUUCCUGAUAGUUGAGUUUGAAGCAGAGCUGUUGUUUUUGGUGGAUUGGAUUGCCCUGGUGUUCAUAAUGUUACGGCUGGUCAUAUGACAGAGAAUCAAAAAAAUCUUUAGUUUAUAACAUGUAUAGUCUUUAUUCUACUUUUAAUUAAAUCAAGACUUUAUUAAAUUAUUUGAAAACCAUAUCUUACUGCAUCUCAUUAAGGGGUUGUGAAGACCAUCACAAACUAAGAGUUCCUGCACAGUAGCUUUGAGUACAGUAAAAUGCAGGUAACAGGAUAAUGUAGGUUCAAAGGCUCAUUGUGAAAAGGAUGUAACCCCUCCACCAGGACAUGGAUCUCCUUUCCUUACCUCUUAUACUACAGUACUCUUCAUUUAACUAUUAGGGUGCAUUAAGUUACAUCACAGCACUUCCCUUUGUGAUCCACAAAUCGCCACAUCACCUCGAACGCUGGGUGUUUUGGCAGCUCUUCAAUGUAGGCCGUUGCUCAGCCUCUUAGACUUUGGCCCGCAGUCCCUUUUCUUUGACCUGGCCCACUGUAAUCUUCUGCUCUCCAAGUAAAUCCAUCCAUCCUUUUACAAUCAGGGCAAGAAACUCAGGCGACUCGUGAUUUUGUCAAGUGCAAAUGGUGACUGCCUGAUCCGCAGACUGCAGCCAGCUUGAAGCUGUGUGGCAUUAGUUCAUUUCAGGUCCUGAAGUUCAGUUCUUUAUGGGAACUUGGUAAAUUUUCGGUUUAUUACCCAGCCAUACUUUGACCUGCACUGACGCCCAGCAAACAACCAAUGUUCUCACUCAUUCCAGCACUUGUUAACGUCAUGGGCAUCCAUAUAAAUCACUUGGUUACUUUAUACAGAUCAUGAGCUCUGACGACGACACAAUGAGUUCUGAUUCAGUUAGAGACAGCUCGUACAGGACUGUUGACGAAGAUUAAACAUCAAGUAUUUGAUGACAUCUGUGCAAAUCAUUCGUGGUUAUUCGUGAAGGUCCUGCAGUGACGCAUUGCUCCAUCCUCCUUUCUGCUCCUCUUGUCUCUUUGUUUCUUCAUGUGGGUGUCACAUUUGCUGGACACUGUGUGGUAAAAGUAGGAGGAGUAUCUGACUUUCCAGCAAAGAUCCAAAUUAUAAAAAGUGUAAUUGUAUUUAUUUAUACAUGUUGAAGUGUUUAUAAGAGAACAAAAAUGAACUCCAUCUACUGCCUAUAAAUUCCUGUAUUUUCUUGUUUUGCAAUAUUUGUCAGAAAAGAAAAAAAAAAAGUAUUAUUUUUGAAUAUCAUGCAAACUGAUGUCAAUGCUGACGAAAGAGAUCGAUAGAGAUGAGCCACACCAGCUGUAUGAGUUUUUUCAUUGGUUUUUGUCUAUAGAGAUAGACUGAUUAAUCUGUUGGGCUAAUUGAUGGCAUUUUGAAGUAAAAGACAUCAGCUAUUAUCUGGGCUCAUUAAGCUUUUUAAAAAUAUCAACAAAUCAUGUGUGCAGAAACUGCAUACAGCCUUAUCGCUUUAGCUGCUGUCAAAUAUCAUCAACAUCCCUUUCAAUGACAACACAUAAAUGAUAGCAGAUCAAAUCUAACAGACACUGACACGUGUUUGUUCUGAUUUAUAGAAUAAUGGCCUUUGGUAUGGCUUUUAUCUAGAGAACAGCCAAAUAUAGAAAUAGAAGUUCUGAAAUACUGCUCAAACAGAGCUUUAGAUAUAUGUUUCGAUUUUCACUAAUUGUGUUUUCAGGCCCAGAAUGUUUUGCUGCACUGGUUCUGUAAUAAAAAGCAUUCAUGCAGCAUUUUUCCACAUGUUCUUGUAAUUCAGUGAUAUAUUUUUGGUAUCAGAGGAAACAUGGAUUUUUACUAGAAUUUAAAAUAAAGUUCUGCGGGUGAAAGCGGUACUUGCCCGCAGAACAUGACCUUUAUAAUACCAGAUAUUUAGACCACUUCUUUGUUAGUAAGCCAGACCUAUGAAACCCUGUUGUGGUGAAAGCACUCAUAUUGUGUGCUUCUGUGCGUUUAGACUGCCACUGGCUGCAGCUAUGAGACGUGAGCACAUCCUGCCUUUUGUCCUCUUAAACCGAACACUUUCGCCCUUUGUUGUCCCUCUGCUCUUCUUGGUCAUCAUCAAGGCCCAGAUUUUUUCCCCCUUUUAUUUUCUGGGCAGGGCCGUGUAGGCAAUUACAAAAGCAUCGAGGCUUGGCCUGGCCUGUAUAAUUUGUGUGGAAUUUUUUGUUCAGUGCCGCUUCUGUGUGAGGGCAGCCUCUGAGAAUGGCUUGGGCUCAGCAUUCUGGGUUGGGACUGGGUUUUUUAGGAGCUCGUUUUCCGACAAACCCGAAUCUUUUUUAUGAGGAAGUCGGCUGGAAAAGAAUGUUCCAUAUGUACGUCAGGGCUCGAGAACUUGACCCAAACAGAUCAUCAUCUCUUCCUUUCAGUUUGCCAAAAACAAGUCACUCUUUCUACGCUUCCUUGCUGCAUGUUCUGGUUUUUAAAAUUACAAGUGUGCUGAAAGCUGGACCACAUCCAGCGCAAUCUCCUGUACCCUUAUCGCUCCACAAGCACCACUCUGCUUUGUGUUUUCCCCCUUGUGCCCACAGUGCACAGCUUUAUUCUUGUGCGGUGAUGGUUAAUAAGGCCUGUCCCCUUGCUUCCAGCUUCCUGUGAUCUCCUCCUCUCUAUUGGGGAAGGAAUUGUGGAAGAGCUAUGUAGGUCAAGUGCAGCUUCUUGCACCGCAUCACUCUUUCAUUUGCAUAAAGUCGACUUGGGCUUUCGAGUGAAAUGCACAGGCCAGGAUUGACACAGUUUUCACAUACACUUUGAUUGGACUGGGCUGUCUUAACUUAACCCAGGCAGAAUUGAUGGAUGGACUCAUUUCCUCAUGGCAGACAACGCCACUCUUUGUGGAGGAGAGUCACAGCUGGCAACAAGACAGGGAGGGAGGCGGAGUGGUUUGUGUGUUGAGGUCUCUGCUCUCUGCGGCCAGUUAUUAUGAGGAAAGGGAGGGAGGCUUAUGUGUUUGUCAGCAAAACAUCUAAAGAGGGACAAAGGUGGAGGUUUGAAGUGCUCUCUGCAUCUCUCAGUUCAUCUUUUGUGUAUUUGCAUGAAGGAACCAUUCAGAUAUGAUUCUCUUUAAGUGCAGCAGAGAUAGGAUUCUGUUGGGCUCAUCUUUAGAGACGCACAAUAUUGUUUUUUGGAUAUGCAGAUAUUUUCAAACUCAUUUUGGCUGAUACUUACACCAUUACCAUUACCAAUCUAAGAACACCAUUAGCCUUGCAGAAACCUGUAUAUUUCAUCAGGCUAAAAAUCUAAAAAAAAACAAAGAAUUGUAUGAUUUUCUUACUUCUGGCAUGUUAAAGUGGGUUAAUGUUAGGCUUAAGCUUUCAUUGCAUGUGCAUCACUAAGGCAUCAUCAUAUCAGUAGAAUUUAAUAUCUGCUGAUAUCAAUAAUUCACUUUUUAAGCUUAUAUCUAAUAAUAUUCACAUUAUGCCAACAUUAUUCUCAGUAUGUUGGAUUUUGGCUUCUAUCCAAUAUGCAGAUACUGUCAUUUUAAGCUCAUUUUGGGGAUACUGUAUUUGAAAAUGAUGUUCUAAAUGUCUCUAUGAGUUAUCAGUGAAUGGUUGGCCCAUUGUUUAGCCUCUGCUUUUCUUUUCUUCAGUACAGGGGGUUGGAGAAAAAAUCGAUGCAGCAUAGUAUUGCGAUAUUUUGUCUGUUGAUAUAUCGUAUCGUCUCAUUUAAUCGCAAUAAUAUCAUAUCGUGGCCCAAGUAUCGUGAUAAUAUUGUAUCAUGGGGCAACUAGUAAUUCCCACCCCUACAAGUAAUGUUGGUUUUUGCACAGCAUCAGUCUGUUUUCUUUACGUCGAAUACAAGAUCAUAUAAGAUGAUCCAGAAUCCUGUGUGAAGUAAUGUUGCUCCAUCUGCCAAACAUGGUAAUCGUAAUAUCAUCUUGUUGCCGUUGUUUUCUAUCAUUGUCUGAGCUUUAAUUCUGCUUACUUUUAUUCUCAGUGGAAGCUGUCAGUCAAACUGGCACAGAGUCAGAUGAACCAGCUGGGCUUGGAUAGCUUGAAAAAAGUUGAUCUUAUCAUAGUUAGUGUGAUUUCUGUUGGUGAAUACCUUGGAUGACCUCCAUAACAAAGCUCAAUCUAUCACAUUAAUAAUUGGAAACAAUUCUGAGCUUCUGGGCGGUGUAGUCGUUCUAAAUACUGUUGCAAAACCAUUUUGUAAUCAUGGAAACAGCUCUGGCUUUGGCAUCAGGGUGUUGGCAUUUUCCUUGAUGCAAGAGACAGUGAGUCUAGAAGCAGACUUAACUGAUAAUGCCUGUUAUAAAUCAUUACAUUUAGAACUGUUUCAAAGGAUCUUCCGUACGUGGCACUGACAACUCACCAGUACUUAUGGUUAACUUAUCACCUCUGUUGAAGUCGUGUAAUGAGUCAGGUGAACCAGAAACAAAUCCGGACCAGUAGGUAAUAAUCUUUUUUCCAAAUGCAGCAAUAACACUGACUGUAGUACAAUGCACACAUUGUUGAUGUGUAAUAAUUCUGUGCAAAGUUGCUACAAGCUGUUAAAUUGCUUGCACAGGUAGGUCUGGGUGAUAUGGCCUCAAAUCAAUAUCCAAGAUAUAUUGGUCAGUUCACCUCGAUAACGAUAAAUGGUCGAUAACUACUCCACAAACUGUUCACCCCCUCCCACAUUAACUUCAUCUACCUCAGCCGCCACUCCAGCCGAUACAACUUUUGAACUGUCCUCCAUCUCCUGAGACCAUAGCUGAUACACACACAUCCAAAACAAACUUUUGUUUAUUUAUUUGACACUGAAUAUAUUGACAUGGGCAAAAUGAUGUUGGUUAUUGUCGUACAUUUUGGUAUUGGUGAAAUUUCGCUUUAUCGCCCAGCCCUAUGCACAGGUAUCAACUGAGGCUUAAGUUUCCCACUCUCUCCCCUGGUUUCUUGCUCUAUCCACUGUCCUGCUUUUUAACAAAGGGGGUGAAAAGUCUCAGAAAUAAACUAAAAAAGUUAUCAGUUGAGAAGUAGAAAAAAAUAUCCAUGGGUAAGAGGAUUUAUUUUGAGUUUCUUCUGACCAAUGGACUUUUCUUCCAUAUCCAUGUUUUGCAGCGGUGGCCUUUGUGCGCUGCGGUGAGUGACGUAAUCUUCAUCUCUGUAUUUUCACCUUGUGGUCAAAUGUCAUGUAUACAGCAUACAGCAGGUUAAAAUACUCCAACUUUAAUAGUUAAAAGCCGUCUGUAACACAGGAAGGCCACUGAAAGGGCACACUCCUACAUUUACAUUGUGCGCCUGGACUACAGGUGUGAAAGUCCAUUGUGUUUAAUUAUUUACCAGUCAGCAGACAUUCCCCUUCUCUCCUCCCUUACACUUCCUGAGUGCUAACCACCCCGCCCCUCCCCCCGGCUUAUUUUAAAAAAGUUUUUCUCCUGAAAUAACAGCCAAGCACCUGCUAUCCUGAGUGCUUUUUGCCUGUUUUGAAGCUGAAUUGAAGUCACAGGAGAAAUUUUUUCAGGUUAAGACAGUGUGUUUCUCCACAAUUCAUUUGUAACAGUGCAUUUUUGACUAACCCUAUCAAGUGAAUGCACCUGAAUCCAUUUAGAAAUGCUAAAUGUUGGAUUGAGCUUAUUAUCUCUGAAAUCUAAGACAGUUUCAUGGUCACUGAUAAGGGAAUGUUGGACCUGAGACCAGUUGUUUUUGAUGCAGUCUCUUGAAUCAUUUUACAUCCUUGAUGUGAAAACGAUAAAGCAGAAUUUUUGGCAAUUCUCGGCCAAUUUGAUGGCGAGCAUUCUGCACAAACAGAAUUUGGAAAUGUGUUCCUGUUUCUCUCUUCCCAAGAUAUUCUUGUUAGAUUUAAUAUUGACUUGGCUUAAACUUUGCUUUGGUUUCCUCCAACUCUAUUAUGUGCAAAAAGCUAGAUGCUAACUUUGCCCAGCUAACAUUUGGUGCUUGCCAUGCAAUAGACAAUGGGCUCAGCCAGCCAACUCAACUAUAACUGUUGAAAAGCUACUGGAAGAAAGAAAGUCUCAUUGUGUGGCAGUGUUUGUGUCUACACUAUACAACUCAAAUAGACUCUCUGUCUUUUAAAUGGUUCCGGUUUAUUCUUUACCAAUGAUGACGCUGGUGUAGUUUUUGAUUUCUGAUGGCCAAUAAUAGGUUUUAUGACACCUGAAAUAAAAUUAGAUAUAAACCUAUGAAGACGUGUCUUCACCACCAGCAGAACAUGUGACCUAGAAGCAAAAGCGAAAGUUACCACCAAUUUUUAAACUGACAGGACUUUGUACAGCAGGUUUUCGUGGCCUGAGCAGACGGAGCAUUAACUUUGUUUAUGUCAGAUGAGGAAAGAACCUUUAAUAAAACUCUAUAAACCUUCCAGCAGGUUCUCAGUCUGAGUAUUAAUCCAGAUUAUGGCUGAAUUUUUCGCCCUUUAGUCACCAAAUGAAAUAUUAAACCAAUUUUGUAUGAGUCACGUGAAAAUCACAGUUCUUUAUUUACUGUAGAGGUUUAGUCUAAAGGUGUGAGCUGCCGUGUUAAAAAUGCUGACCCCAGCUAAUUUCUGGAUAAUCUGAGAACAGUCUGUAAAGUGAAGUUGAGGCCUUAACCUAGCCACCUGACAAACGAACCAGCCACACCAAUGAGAUAAUGAGGUCUUAAAAUAAUAAGCUAUUACACGAAAUCACCCAAAAGAAAUAACCAUAUUUACUCAAACGUGUUAAACCUUAAAGUGUAUCUGUAAAGAGUAGUAUUGUCCUAUAUUCUGGGAUAAGUAUGCCUUAUGGUGCUUACUACUGUGUGAGUAUGGUAGAUGAAGGGCCACAGUGAUUGUUUAUAAAAAAGCAAUAAAGAAGCAGGUUAUUCUAACCUUUUUUAAUAUUUAAACAAUUAAAAGAUUCAUAUAUGUGAACCCAUUUUAUUUUAUUUUAUUUAGUCUCAAAAGUGGACUUGUCUUAUAUUUGGACCAUUGUCAAUCAGGCUGUAAUGGGCAAAUACUAGUGUGUGCACAGCCAGAGGCCUUAGUUGCAACACUGCAUUGUUGUGACAAUUGGAAGUACGGGUUAACCAAUAGAAAUAAAAUAGUUAUGUCAGUCACUAAAAUAUGAGGUCCUUCGCAAUCUGAGGCUCAAUGUUGCGCUGUCGCAAACAACAAGGGUCUUAGAGAUGCAGUCCUGAAUCUACAGCUUUCAGGUCUGCAGGCAUAUGCUCUAACUGGACACUUGCCCUUCAGCAUUGGUCACAUUUUCAACACCGGCAGUAUUUGAUGCUUUAUUGUUGCAUGUGAUGUUGCAUCAGUAUCUCAGAGCAACUUCAUCUGAGUUCACCUUUGUGUCUUCCUUUAUUCUCUCUGUUUGUCUCUCAACAUUUCCAGUACUCUCUGUAAGCUUCUGUUGCAACCCUGUUGGGUGACUCUUGUCUGGUGAAGUAAAGUAGAGAAACUUUGGUUAGAAGAUGAGAGUGUCCUUGAGUUUAAAUCCCACCAGCAACUUCAAACACAUCAAAAUGACUUUGUCUCUGGCAGCUGUCACCUCAGAGACAGGUACUAACUUUGCUUUUAUUGAUAUCACUCAUGGUGCGAGUGUGGUUUCCUCUCGACAAACUUGUCAUUUCCUCUGAGGGGCUUGUGGCUGCAGGAUCUGAAUGUACGUGCACUUUCUCACACACGUAUAGACAUGCUUUAUUUCUGCAUUAACACCAAAACCAGAGCGCACGGUCAGAAGUUUCCCACACAGGCUGCCCUCAGGCACAUGUGCAACCCUACAAAGUCAGUGUAAUUAGAAUUCAGCCAGCAAAGCCCCGCUAUCAUAGUCAUAUUUAAUUCAGUGUUUGUGUGAGUGUGUGUUGAGUGAGUGAGUGUGUAUGUUUAGAGUGCGUGAGUAAGGAGAUGAGCAGAGGACGUUUGCAGACGGGGUUUUUAAAAAAGUUUAUAAAAAGAAACAGAGUGGGCGAGUGAAGAAAAGCAGUUAGGAGCCACUGUUUUUUGUACUGCAGUGUUUUUCCACCACCUGCAGAAUCUCUACAGAAUCAUGCUUGUUUGAUUUUGAUAUUUGGAGAGUAAAAUCUGUGAGAAAUUAAAAUGAACCCACCCGACUGUGUUGAUAACUGAGGAAAAGGUCUCAUUUCUCUCAGCACAGAUGCAAAACACAGUCUGGGGCUGUAAAAGCUGCUUUCUCUGCACAAUGUAAAUUUUAUUCAAACUCUCUCUGCAUCAGCCGUGUCUACCUGGAAUCUCUCUCCUGUCGUGUGUGACUCAUUCAUUUAAUUUGUUUUCCUGUUGACAUGAUCAAAAGCCGUCUAUCUUUACUGCUAUGUUUGUCUCUCUCUGACUGCCCGUCUCCACCUCCACUCUCUCGUUUCCCCCUGUCACAUAUCCAUGGUGCCUGUCGCCAGGGCAACCUGAGCCACGGCCAUUCUAUCCUGUCAUUAGGAUUCCAGGAUAAGGACACACACUGUCUGUCUGCCUCUCUCACACACACACACACAGACAUUGUUACAUCAGUGCUGGAUGUUAUAGAUUUUGUAAUUGGUGUAUGCGUAGUUGUUACAAGAAGCACUUUGAACCACAUAAAUGACAAACAGCAUCUAAUAAAGAUGUCUGAAUGGGUUCCCCCAUGGGCAGGUUCUGUAAUCAGCAGAGCUAAAUCAGUGUGUCUGUGGGUGGAGACGGGCACAGCUCAGCGCUCUGAUGUUAAAGGGAGCAUUGGUUUGUUUUCACAGUGCAGACCAAGGUCAGUUAUUUCAGUACAGGGUUGAAAAGUCUCAAAGCACAUUUAAGGUUUCAGUUUUCCACUAGUUUUUAAGCUCACCUGGGCAUUUCUCACUUGCUUUUGAAGAAAUCCAUAUCAAUGCAUCCAGUAUAGGCUUUGGAUGGCUGUAUUUUCACUUCAAGACAAGUCGUUUCAGUUUAGGUCCAAACUGUGUCACAACUGAGAAGGAUGAGAAUCUAAACAAGUGAGAUUAAGGAUUUUGGGUGUCCAGGAGUUUGUUUUUCUUGUUGCCGUGGUAUUAAAACAAGUAUUGAUGGCAUUUUCUUUUUACCAUAGACUGUGGACAUAAUCUCAAGGAUGCCGCACAUUUGUUUCUAAAGCAGCGUUUUGAAGCCUACUGAUGGUCAUCCACGUUUUGGGAGUGCAGGCUCAAUCUAUCUGCUGGUCGACCUUACUGAAGGCAAAGUUGAGGUGCAACAGCAAAUGUUUGUUGCCUCAAAUAAUGAGAGGGGUCUGGCUGCAGACCUCCACUGUCAGGACCCACCUCCACUGAGAGUACCCAAGGUGACGUUAUUUCUCACUCUGUCCAGUUUGUUUGAAGUGGUCAUCCUGUUCUGUAUUUUGUCUUUGUUAAACCACAAAUCAUAUUAACAUUAUAUACGUAAAAUAAAGCCCCAAGAAAUAAAAUAUAUUCACAUGAAACUAAAAAUAGGUACUUCCUGGUGUAAUCGCUUUUAUUUUGAAAGGCUUCAAAUCAACUUCCGGUCCGCUCAGUGGAGAUGGGUCCCCACGGUGGAGGCCUGCAACGAAGGGUCCUGACAGUGGAGGUCUGCAGCCAGACUGUCUUGUAAAUAAUAAUUAACUUAAUGAAAAGAAGUUUUAUAUUCAGGGUUUUACUGCCUGUUACUCUAAAUAGAGAUACCUGAGUGUGCUCUGAUUUUCAUUAACUGCUGCUCCUGCGUUUGUUUGCACAUAUAUGCAUAUAGACAAAUAAGUUGAUUGUUUACUUACUAUUGAAUAUUCCUAUAAAUAUUAUUAUCUCCUCUGUAGGUGCUCUCCAUGCUGCCAGAUAUGCGAAUCUUUGCCAAAAGCUACCUCGUAUCUGUGUCAGUUGUUUAUUUAACUCCCAAAGUUCAGUGAAACAGUAACCCUAUCAACGCCCAAAAUGCAAUUGACUCUUUAACCUUUUACUGCUGGUUAAAGAAAUGAUGAUAAUGAAUCACACCCUUUGGCUUUUAAAACAUAAGACUCUGCCAAAUGGAGCAAUUAAUGAUUUGAGUUCAGUCAGUGCAGAAGCAUUUCCUCAUACUGAACCCUGAAAACACAAGAUAUCCUCUCCAAUUGUUAAGGGAAACUGAAAUCCUUAUCAAACAGUGAUGCAGUCCUCAAACUAGAAAAUAGGGAAUAAAAAGUUUUUGAAAAAUUGAAAAAGUUGAUUCACUAAUUAUUUGUCCCUGUUGGACCUCCUUCAACCCAUACAACAUCAGUCCUGCCCUUUGUCUUGAUUGUAGCUUUCCAGACACACCCCAUCGUCUCCACUUUUAUGCUUAAAGGCCCUAAAAGCUCCGACAAUGACAGCGUGGAUUGCUGAUAGGUUUCGAUCUCCACCCUGCUGGUAUCACCUUUCAAACACAAAGUGUGCAGUGUGUGUGUGUGUGUGCAAUCACAUACAUCUGGUUGUGCUUGUUUCUGUCAGCUCUUCGGUGAUACAGAGAAAUAUUGGCAGAAGCACCUCCACUGAUGCAGGUCUCUUUGUGGGCUUAUUUACACAAAUACAUUUUGAAUAUCUCCUCCAUUAUAUAGUCCGUAUCGGUCAGAUUAUCCAACCCUGAUAGCGCCGGGAGUCCUAAACACCUACACACUUGUGCUCACACACAGCUACAAAGGGCAAAUUAUUAUCACCAUGACUCACUCACCCUGGAGACAUGUCAGUGUAAACACAGAUUUUUACAUAUUGCACAGUUUGCAACAACCACUACUCCUCUGAGUGCCCACAGUGGUGUCAGUGCUGAGGCACUUGUAGGGCUGGGCGAUAAACCAAAAAUUUACAGAUACCGAAAUGUAUGACAAUAACCAAUGUCAUUUUGCCCAUGUCAAAAUAUUUGGUGUAAAAAAAAAUUCAUAAAUAAAAGUUGGUUUUGGAUGUGUGUAGAUAGGCUAUGGUCUCAUGUCCCUUUGCUGUCCCAUUUAUCGGUACCAAGGUGAACUGCUCAAUAUAUCGUGAUAUUGAUUUGAGGCCAGCCCUAGGCACUUAAACAUUGAUGGUUUUAGCUGUUAAAGCAUUUAUUCUUUUUAUUAUUUUAGUGGGUGUUAGUUGGAUGUGGCGGUCUUGUGCAUCUGUUAGUGAGACAUAUUUCUCCCACUGGGCAGCAUGCCUCUGUAAGAGAUGUUCAAAUGAACUGGUUGUGCUGCAGCAGCCCCAGAGGAAAUUUUGCAGCACACUGUGGUUUGUUUGAAGUCUGAAUAGCUAGAGCCGCAGAAAGCAGCAGAGCGUGUUUAAGAGAAAAUUUAGAUUAGCAAUUUUGAUAAUUGUCCUCAUAAUUAGAGAUCUUUUUAAUUUCCAUUUCAAGUUUAAAGUAGAAAUUUCGAGAUUAAAGUCAAAAUUUAAAAAAGUCCAAAUUUCGAUUUUAUUCAUGUUGACUUUAAUCUCAAAAUUUCUAGUUUUAUCUCAUUAUUUUAAUUUGUUUAAUCUUGAAAUUCCAACAAUAUUCACGACAUUUUGUAAUCUCAAAAUUUCAACUUUAAUCUCAAAAUUUCAAUUUUUAAUCUCCUUCCUGUAUUUUUUUUUUCUCUUUACGUGGCCCUAACCCCCUUUCGUACAAAAUAGACCCAAGUCAACUGAUAAAACCAAUUAUCCUCCAGACCUCGAUUUAGCUAUUACAGACAAAUGGAUGUACAGUAACAUAGAGCAUGAAGAUUUAGCUAUAAGUAAUACUUAACAACCAAUAAAAGCCUCCUCUGUAUGGAUAGCUCAUUUUUUUAUGUGCACCUUAUUUAAUAAAGCUAUACAGAGGACUGUGUGGGAAUAAGUUUUCUGUAUAUAAUUGCAAGGAAUUAAAACUGAAAAAAAUACAAACAUAAUGUAGACUGGUUUUCUGCAGUGAGUAGAUGCAGCUACCAUGUCCUUAGGCAGUAAAGCACAGAGUGAUGUUAAUAAUAUAAAAAAUAAAAAAAAAGCAUAACAAAGCAUCUGCUAAUUUGCUCAUGCUAAAGGUGUGGUGUGACUUUUAUACACAAGCUGAUCCAGUUAGACAAUAACAGAGUUUAUUUACGCCUGUGUAAGCAGAGUCAGGAGCUUAUUUCUCCCAUGUUAGUCCUUCUGCUGUAAGGGAAUUAAGAUGAAUCCAGUGUGGAGUUCAGGUCUUUUCACCAGCAGAUAUCAGGACAACAUAUAAGUAACCAUGGAUGGUAAACGUACUAAACACCUACACAUGAGUAGGUUUAUUUUGACCUGAUUUGCUGCAUGGAUUUCAGCCAGAGGCCAUUUAGUAGGUGUUAGUGCUACUGUACCUCCUACACUGCACUGACCUUUAUCUGGAUUCUGGGUUGUUGAUUGCCUGAAGCUGUGAUGUUUGGGUUGGAGCUGGAAUCCCUGCAACCAACAAGUUAUUUAGUUGUAAGCUCACUGAAGGAAAUUUGCUGCCAAGGUGUGUCUCCUUGGCAGCCGGGAGCUUUUGGCUCCCAGUAAAUUACUCAUAAUAGCUGUGACUGUGCCAACAGGAAUGUUCACUAUGCUGCACCAGCAACUAAUGUUUUUUUUUUCAUAGUACAAAUAUUUGUACAAGUAUCCCAGUUAUUAGAAAUUCUACUAUAAAUGUCACUUGUUAUUAUUAUUAUGACUUUGUUUUGCACUCCUCCUCAUCUUGAAUGUGUAGCUUCGGGAUGCAUCUCAUGCAGCUGUGAUCUCAUCGGUGGGCUUUGAAAGGUCAGCAUCACUAAGGGUCAUCACUGCAAUAAUGUGAACUUUGAGUGCAGUGAUUUCUCCAAUUGCUCUGUGAAGCUGAGAGUAGCUUUCGAGUUGCAACACCUCCUGUAAAGGAAAACAAUGGCACAGCCUAUUAGAUAGAUUGAUUAUGUUUGUAGCAGCCUUAAAGCGUAAACAUAAUCACAGUUAUAAUCAUUCUUAAGGACUGUUACCAAGUCUUAUAAAUGCAUUUUUAAUGAUUAAAUGUAUGAGAGUUAAUUUGUAGUCCUUGACUUUUGGAGACAGUCUCAAGUAUAGACUAUGCUGUUUAUAACACUUCUACUUUGGCUAACUUUAUUAACACCAGAGCUGGCAGGUUGAUUAUCAUUGAUGAGUUGAUUAGCUCUCUGCCUAUUAGAACAUACCAUGAAAAAAAAAAUCAGGUUUUCUUUUACUGUAAUGAUGAUCUUGUUUAGUUUUUUUUUCAUGUAAUAAUAAUAAUAAUAAUAAUAAUAAUAAUAAUAAUAAUAAUAACAAUAAAAAUAUUAUUAUUAUUAUUAUUAUUAUUAUUAUUAUUAACUUUUUUUACUGCUAAUAAUAAUAAUAACUUUUAUUACUGCUUUUAUCUAGCACCUUUAAAAACAGAUGUUUACAAAGUGCUUUAACAGAAGAAGCAAACGAAGACAGAAACAGACACACGAAAAUUGACAGUAAAAAAGAAAAUGGACAGUUAAAGCUUGGCGGUUGGUGGUUGACGGCAUCAUUUCAGGAAGGUAAAAAGGAAGAAGGUGGAUAGAGGACAGAUAAAAGAGAAAGAGAAAUGAAUACAUAGAUAAUAAAAAACAAUUUGGUAAAUAAGAGUAACAAUGAAAAGGGAGGGAGAUAAUAAUACAGCAGAAGAGAUCGACCAAUUAUCUCUGAUGGCUGGUUUGUAAUCUUUACUGGUAAAUGUACUUGAGCAAAGUCGUCCGGUGUUUUUGUCACAGACAUGUUCAGAUUGUUUUUAAAACUGUGCAGCUACAGGCUCAGGUGACCUACAGAAGAAAAUCCAAAACAUUUUGUACCCAUUUAUGUAUUAUGAUUAUUAAAAAUAGAUCUGAGGUUGAAAUAUUCAGAAAAUUGCUUCAAGCUUAUUUUACUGUCGCAGCUGUUAAAGGAAAUUUGUCGAAACGCUUGUAUAUGACGUUUUAAAUGUAGGACACAAUAAAAAAUGGAUGAAAGACAGAGCAGUGUUUCUGUAACGUAACGAGAACAUCUCUUCUGUCUGAUCAUCUCCGCUUUGUUCCUCUCGGUAAGGUCUUCUGUAGUUCACAACAGUAAUCCAGUCAUUUAGCAGCACAGUGUAGAGGUACACGGCAUGCUUUGUUUGAGUACAUGCAGCUUUUAUUAUCCCUCUCUACAGGAGCUAAUGCAGCUGCAGCUCAGCUCCUCAGUCGGUUCAUUGUGGUGCUGUGCUAAUAUUAUCUGCCCGGCUGGAGAUUAGCUCUAAUCAGGCACCUGCUCAUCUCCUCCAAACAGGUACGCACAGUUAGUCCCAUAAGAAGACUCUGACAGGCCAUGUGAGGUCCAGCGUCUGCAGAAAAGUGCAUUUUUGAACAGAGUCAUCAGGUGUUACACUUGCUGCUAGUGUAAGCAGGUGCACAGCCAGUAACAACAUGACCUUAGACAACACACCUUACACCACCUGGCCUAAAGAGAUAAAUAUAGAAGCACUUCUGGAAGAGAGAGAGAGACACACACACCAUGCAAACAUAAAUGCUCUCAUGCUGCUGCACCUUCAGCUCCAUGCUAUUGUGUUGUAGUUUCACUGUUACUCAGCAGCUUUGGUGUUCAAAUAUCAGCACUGGCUCUGGCAGGGAAAUCACCUUCUGUAUGUGUGUGUUUGUGUGCUUGUGUGUGAAUGUGAUUGUGUUCGUUCAGUAGGAACCAAUUUUCACCAAACGAGGACACGCCAUGCUGGGUGGCCUGGAAAAUUUCCUGGCAAAGCUCCCAUCUCACACCAUUAGCCGAGGCACAAUCAUGAAGACAUAAUCUAAUCUGCUGACUCUCUUCUUCUUCUCUCCCUCGUUUCUUCCUUUGUCCUUUUUCGUGCCUCAUAAAAUAACACAGAGAAGAAAUAAACAGAGCUGAUGAAAGCUGAAUGAACUUUUUUUUUUAGUGUAUCCCUGGAGAAGUAUUUAUUCUCUGAGCGAGGUCUCUCUGCCCCACUCUAAUGUUUGAAGCCUGUAUGUGCUGAAGUUGUAGUAGAUCUCUACUCUGCAGGCAAUCACUGUCUCAACAAGUUGUUUAGUUUUGUAUUCAGCUUCAAUUUUUUUUUUUUUUUUUUUUUUUCCCCACUAUUUGAGGCAAACAAAAAACCACCAAAGCUUAAAUGACUUCCCCUAAUUACUUUAACGGUUUGAUUUUGAGGCAAUCUUCCUCCCCGUUUUCUUCACCUCACCCCUACACGCAUCAAUGGUAAUUUAUUAUUUAUUAGCAGCAGCACAAAAUGCAUUGGUCAGACAAUGAAGAAGAAGCAGUAAAUGGUUGUAAAUUUCACGUAAACGCUUUUCUCCUCUAGAUGCUUAUUUUUCUAGUCCUACACAUUUCAUCACAUUUUAACCUGCAGACCUUUAAAGGGCUUUAUGCUUCAGGUCAAUAAGUAACUCUGCAGCCUCUAAACAUGUCAGUGACCUCUUCAACUCUUAAACUCUUAACUUAGAGGCUUUAAGUCAGAGAGGAGUUACUCCGAUUUAAGAGAAGAUUCAAAUAAAUCAGAUUUCUGGACUUUUUUAGCACCUCUUGAAAACAAUCAUCUUAUCUCAAGGACAGGAUAUAUUUUACCCCAUCUCUCACUAACAGAAAAAUGCAAAAAUAAAUGAAGGAAGUGUGUUUGAAACAGAGACAAGUCACAAAGUGUUACUGGCCCUCCCAGAGUGUGGAAAUAUCUGAAAGUAUGCAAAUAAAACAAAAAGUGAUAAUGCACAUCCAAAUAAUGAGAAAUGUUUUGAUAUGAUUUUGUGAUCAUAUUACAACAUGAUAAAAAACCUGCUUUAGCUGCAGCAGUAAGUCACUUCCUGCAGUGUUAUAAGAUCAGUGUUUGAACAAAGAUGAGGGAGUUGAUCGUCGGCCACUCAGCAGAAAUUUCCUUCGUUUGAGUUCGAGUUGCAAUGAAACAUAAAAUCCCACCAGAUGAUUGAUGUGCAUAAAAAUAGUCACGCUCAUGCUUUGACGCACAGACACACGCUGACAAAUAAAAACAAAACCAGCAUUAUUAGUCACUUGUUGGUGGCUUUUUAAAGCUGCAAAGCUGCAGCUUCCUGCCUGAGCUCCCUGUGGUGAGUGAGGAGGACAGCAGAGCUGAGUCUGGUCUCUGUUAGCCCGGCCCACAGCCUGAGGACUGAAGACAAACCACUUCAGACUCCAUGACGGAGGCUUUUUAUCAGAGAGAUGAGAAAGAGCCACAACUGAAGCUCACAUAUGAGCAGAGGCAGGCUGGGGAACAUCCCUCUAAGCUGGUUUAUUGCUGCAGACUGACAGCUAAAAGCUGAAGUCAAAGAGAGAGCAGCAACCGAGAAGUGACACCGAACCAGAGUCUCAUGAGAGAAGAGUGCUGUUAGACCGCACCAAAAGAAAAGUAAGAGACAGUGAAAGAGGAAGCCGGCCCAGCAGCUAGCCUGAUUUAUUGAUAGACUUGCUUUUGGCAUCCAGAGACUUCCUCUAAGACAGGAUGCCUGUUAAACCGGGAAAUACUUUGUGUGGUGUAAGAACUUAGACAGGAACUAAAUAAGAAGGUUCUGGAGCUAAAAAUAGGUGGUGACUGGGACACAGGCCCUUAAGAGAUGCUAAUAUGGAGCCAGAGUCAGUUCACAUAUAGGGUAUGAUCUGUUUAGUUGGCUUCACUGCUACUUCUGCUGACUGUCAAUGCAGUCUGCUUUGAAACCUAAAAGUGUACUGCCGGUAUUUUGUGAUAAAUCCAGCCACUAAACAGUGAGAUAUGUAAGAGCUGAAACAGAAUUAUAACAGUGUGAUUACUUAAAACAUUUCCUAUUAGAGUGAAUGUGCAACACAGGAGGCUGAAUGUUGGAGAUUUUCAUCAUGAUUCAAACCAUUAUAUUUAUCAAGACUUCUUAUUUUUCAAAGAAGAAAAAGACUUAAAGAUUUUAUUUGUCAUAUUUUUUAACAAGCAACUCUCUGAGCAUUUCUUCAAGAAACGUCAGGAGAUGAAACAAAACCAUCAACAUUGGGUCAUGUCAGCUGAUCUGAUAAUCAAACUAAAAAGGUCCAAGGUCUCUGUUGGGAAUCUUUCCUGAAAGUUGUUUGACACUUUGAGGAAAGCUCAGUCUGAGGUGGUAAAAUUAACAACACGUUCACUGCUUGUAUCCGGAUUAAGCACAUUUUUAGGGAUUGGGUCGCAGCUUUUUUUGUUGCUGCUGGCUAAAAAAGAGCCACUGAAUAACAACUGUAAAUGUAAAUCAGGUAAAAAACGGGCCUAGGUUCAUUAAGCCUGAGGUUGUCUUUAAUACCUAAUGGGGUGAAGUGUUUCCUCUUACUAGUUCACCCUCUCAUUUGUGACUCCUUCAUGCUGCUGUUUGUCUGACCGAAAUCCGAGGUUAUCAAUCCGUUUCCUGGCUGAUCUCAUUAUCUCAACGCCUGCACUUAUUUUACACAUUUUAUUAACCAUAAAUUGAUAUCAACACUUAUUAAACAAUCAAAACAUCAUUAAGAAAGUCAAGUGGAUUUUAUCAGUCUGGAGUUCAGCCAGUUAAAUGAGGGUGUUCCUCUCAGAUUAAAGGUCUAGCAGAUCCUGAUUAACAGAUACUUAUAGAUCUGUAGCCUGCCUGAGGACCCUUGUCCUUAAUGUAUGGACUUAAAAAUCAGUACUCAAGUCCUUUAUCUUUGACUGUUUGCCCUUAAUUUAUAGAGCAGUGUUUUAAACCUAAUAACUCCUUUUGUAUCCGGCAGAAUAACAUGUUUGUAUGUGUAAUAAUGUUUAUUCGAAGAAUCACAUAGUUUGUUUGCGAUCUGAAAAUGUAAAAAAGAAAAUGGCAAGAUUAAAGACAACUUUUGUGUUCCAAAAAGGCAACAGAUUUGUUUUGAAAGAAUCUUAAAGUGUCUGUAAGAGUAAAUUGUUGUGUUUCAAAUGUAGAGUUUGGUUUAAUGUAGUCAUAACUGAACAGAAAUCUCAUCUACUCAUCAUCACUAACUUAAUGUCACAGCUGGAAAGGAUACAAAUCCAAACGGGGCGUUUAGAAACUGAGGUUGAGUGUGAACCCUGACUGGUGUUGCUGCUGGCUCGCGGCCUUGUGAUGGAGAUUACUGCAGAUUUAGAUCACGGCCGGCAGAGUAGAUGGAGCAAGGUACAGUUCGUAAAGAGCAGUCAGCUGACAGACAAACCUGCUGUUUAUGUGUUUGUGUGUGUUUAUGGACCGCAGUCACCAUAGCAACACAUAGGAAGAUAAGAGGAUGGAACGCCCACAUGUUGUUAGCGUAUAUGGAUGAAGACUUUUGAUUGAUGAUAUCUUGAAUGUCUUUUGUUUCAUGACAUGUACUUGAAAAGGCCCAUUUUACAGCUGCAGUGGUCAAGCAUUUUAUUAUCUUUCUUUUUAAUUUGAAGCUCGGUCUUGUAAAUAUAAUUUUCCUCUCUUUCUCGUAUGCUUAUAAUUUAAAAUCCACUGCAAAAAUAGACCUCCCCACUGGAGCGAAACUGAAGUUUUUCAGUCAUGUAUCUGAAUAAAUCAGCAUAAAUACAUGUCAUUUUAAUUUAGUACAUCUGCGUGCACAACUUAACCUCAUUUUCAGUUUGUGUUUUUAACCCCGGGGUCUUUAAGGCGAGUGGUAGUGCUUCUGAAAAUACAUGUGGGAAUCAGAGGGCUCUUUGCAUUAUAAUAAUUUUUUUAUAGCACAAAUUUAUAGCAUCUCCUGAACAUCAGUGACCAGCAGCUACUCAUAGAGACUAUUGUCAGUGUCAUUCUUCAGCUGAAUUCAUCAAGUUUGUUCCUUCUUUGAAUCAUAGAGGCAUAUCGGUCUAUUUGAAAGAAAAUCUGUCAAAUGGUGCAAGUGGACACUUGAGGCUUGAAAACUCAUGACUAAAAGUUUUUGUUAAAGGACCACAAGUCUGGAAUAUUGGCAAUCUGACAUUGAUGGACUUUUUAUUAGGGAUGCACCAGCCGAUAUUUGGAUUGGAUAUUGGCCUUGAUAUUGACAAAUUAACUGGAUAAGAUAUCUGAUGAAUGACGCCGAUCUAGUUUUCCGAUCCAGUUUUUUUUUCUUUGAAUUAAUAUCAGACACAGCAAAACAGCGAUUCUGUUUGCUCUAUAUUCCAUGUCUGUCUAUCCUUUUGCACUAAAUGUUUACAUUGAAGUCUUGCAUCUUUUUGCUGUGUGCAAAUGUGCAAUUUGUUAAUAAAUAAUGUUAAGUAAAUUUUUAUAUUUGGUGAUUUAUGACCCUUUUUUAACAAGGCUAAUGUCAAGCCUGAUGCCUUCAGUCACAGGGCGAGGUAUACAGUUCAUUCAUUCAACAGUAGUAUUGGAUCAGGUAUUGCUAUCGGAUUGGAUUGGAAAAGAAUGGAUCGGUGCAUCUCUACUUUUUUCAUCACAUUGUGCUGCAGUGGUUCUUUUUUUUCAAGGCCUCCAUCGGGUUUCCUUGGAUGUAAAAAAAGACUUUUUAUUGUGGCGGUAACUUCUGUAGCAAUCAAGACAACCCUGGAUGUGAAACCCACACAUUCCUUACAGGAAAGUUUCCUUAUCUGGUCCCAGGAAACAGGAUAUAAAUCUUUCCAGACGUGUUUGCACUUUCAGGUUAAAUAAGUGACCCAACCGGAGGUUGACUAAACCUCUGACUCUUCAGGAUUGGUCAGUUCGGCGAACAGAGACAGAGUUUUUAUUACCUUUCAAACUGACUCCAUUACUGACCAUCUAAAUAAACAUUAACGUCUCAACCCAGAUCUCCCAUUUGAGAUUUAGCGUCUUAAAGUGUGUGAACAUACGGACCCCAGGAUAAAGGGGGGCCACUGACCUCCAGACCUCGGUCGUAAAACCCUGCUCGACCAUACACUGAUAAAGACUGCAUUCCUUUGGUGAAAGAAUACAAAUGACUGAUCAUGACAUCUUAUGCAUUCAGCAAUGUACUAAUCUGUCUAAUCAUGAAAUUUGUGUUAAAAUGAGAUGUUUCCCGUUUUUCUAUGUGCUUCAGAAGCCAAGUUAUCUUAUCUGACAGAAUAAAUCCUUAUUCUUUAGUUCUUUAGACCAACAGCUUUUCAGACUGUUUCAUGAACUUUUAAGAGUUAAAUUUAUCGACUAUGAAUCAUAACUUAACUCUAGGUAACAGAAACAGUUUAGAAAUGUUUGGUUUAUAUUGUAGAUGUUUAUUUAGUAUUUUUAACCAUUAGGUGGUUAUAAUGUCAUUGAAUAAUCUGAAUGUGAGUAUUCAUUAUCCAUUAUUAAUCAUGAUGAAGUUCAUUCACAUGUAUUUACUCUUUUGUUGUUCACAGUUUCCAUGUGUUACUAUCUGUUUCAUUUCAGAGUAAUUUAGCAUGUUUAAUGUGAUACUUAAAACAUAAUGAGAAUGUUUGAUGUGAUCCUACACUUCAUUCAUAUGUGUUUAGUGUCAAAUGAUUUAUCAUGAAACCUAGCAUUCAAUGAUAUUAAUCAUAGUGAGUGAGUAUCAGAUCUGACUCUUUUACCAGCCAAAAGUAUAAGUUAGAUCAAAUAAUCAGAGAUCCGAGUUCAUCUCUGCUUGGAGACCACACAACCCCUCCUCCUCUUUCUCCUCACACCCACACGCCGGAGACACACCCAGUGUGAGAAGAUAAAACCAGUGAAGUGGGGUUGCUCACUCUCUUAUGUCUCUUCUUAUGCCUCUUAUCUCUCUUAUGCUUCUGCUCUUCUGCUGACUCUCUUGUCCCCGGCUCUUAUGCCCCUUCUCUUCUGUCCACACCCUUCUGUGGGGCGUUUCUUUGUUUUCUCUUAGAACUUUUUCUUAGUCUUCUAAGUUUUACGCCACGUGUUGAUUCACGUUGAUUUUCUUUAACAUCGUCUUAGUUCAAGUUUUGAAACUUCAACUUUUUGUGCGCAUAGCAAUUCAAGAUUAAGCCUUUGAUUGAUUUUUCUUUAAAUUCGCGAAGCCAUUUUUGAAAGUUUUCUCUGCUCUUCGAGCCUCGUUUUUCUGAGUUUUCUGCGUGAUUUCAAAGUCACCUCCGAACGCAAUCCAACAGGCCCAGGUCAUCCUCUGUGCCAGAGUUUUUGAGUGAGACUAAAGAAGUACCCAAACGAGCAUCCACAGGAUCCACAGGCGCUGGUUUUUGCUUCGGGCCUGAGUGCUGCAACUCCUGGCUCAUCCUUCGGCUGACUUCAGUCGUCUUCUGAGCUGAACCGCUCGAACCGCCAGUAGCCCCGGACCUUCGGAACCUGCUCCAUCUUCUCCAAGGACCAGUCUCACUUAAGUAUGCAAACCUCCAGAGCUCCAGACAGGGUUGAUGCUGUCUCACGCGUUCAUAACUCAGAUAUCCACCUAUUUCUGGUGAUCUUAGAUUCCUCCGAAUCUACACCCGAGUUUAUCUCGACACCAAAGUUAGUGUAGGUUAAUAUGUUAGCGCAUAUUCACUCACUAUCAUUAACUUUAGUGCUCCUAGCCUGACUCAGAAUCUUUAUUUAUUCACCUAUUAUUAUUUAUCUUCAUUAUCUUAUCAUCAUUUAUUGCAUGUGUGUUGUACCAUCAUUUAUCCUGUAAUAAACAGAUCAUUAUUUUUCUAAGUUCCUGUCUGUUAGUGUUCUUCCAGAAGUGGAGUCCCUGAAAUUAGAAUUUCGACUUAAGAUAUGAGACUGAUUAAUUAAGACUGAUUAAUUAAGACUGAUUAAUUAAAACUGACUUGAUGUUUGAUUUCUGAAUUAAACUUUUGUUUUCUUUAUUUUCCCACCAUUAAGGGUGGGUGGUGCCCCUUUCAACGAGUGCAUAAAUGUCAUAAUUUGAGAUUAUUAAUCUUCAGACAUUUAUUAUAAAUUCCAAUCGCCAAGUAUUAUUUUGGUGCGGCCUUGUGAGGCUCAUUUCAAAUCGCUACAUAUAUUUUGGUGCGACCGUAUGAGGCUCAUUUCAAAUCACUACAUAUAUUUUGGAGCCCCUGCGUGAGGCGUUUCAAACAAAACUUCUGGAUACUAACAGACAACCUAAAACUUAGCCUUCCAAAUUGAUGAGAGAAACUUAUUUCCAGGCUAUUUUAGACUUAAUCACAAUCAAUGCUAUGCUUGCUGAAGUUGCUUGACUAAGUUCUGAUGUUUUCCUGAUCUAUGCAUAAAACCUUUAUGCUCUGUGUAUCACACACUUUUGUACUACAUGCCUGUAGUCUGUGUUUGAGCUGGACAGCGUGAAAUGUUGUUCUGAGUAGCAGCGAGACUGACUCUUCUGCUCGGUCUAGACUGUCCAAUAUUUAAGUGCACGAUUGUUGCGUCGCCGUACGCUUGUAUUUAAGGCCUUUGGCUGAACCCAGUGUUCGCGAAGCUCCGAGCUGUGGUUUCAAGCCCCUGAAGUCUCUAUAGUCUGCUACGAGGUUCUAGUAACUAUAUGGGAUUCAGAUUUCCUCCUUUCCCCUGACAGAUUAGCUACCUGUCACAGGAAACCACUGUAACAGUGGGAGGUUGUUGUUUGAUUGAAUUCAGGCAAAAUUUGUGUUCACAAAUCGCCGCAUUUGUGAUUUUAAAGUCUGCAGUUGAAUCUGCUGUUGAGGGAUUUGUCACUUUGAUUCUUGUCUCUAUAGUCUGCUAUGAAGUUCUAGUAACUAUAUGGGAUUCAGAUUUCCUCCUUUCCCCUGACAGAUAAGCUAUCUGUCACAGGAAACCACUGUAACAGUGGGAGGUUGUUGUUUGAAUGAAUUCAGACAAAAUCCGUGAUCACGAAUCGCCGCAUUUGUGAUUUUAAAGUCCGCAGUUGAAUCUGCUGUUUAAGAAUUUGUCACUUUGAUUCUUGUUCCUGUAAAUGAUUCUAUUGAACCAAUCUGCCUGAGCAGAUGGUGUAAAGUUCUAUGUUUGAGGGUGCAGACGCAGCCUGCUGUGAAAUGUUAACCCUUUGUUGUCAGUGGAGAGACUGACCUUUUGGACUUAAGCAGAUAAGGCCCUUCAAGGAGGCAGAGUCUAAAGGCCCCUUCCUUCAGACUUCCCAACACCACACAGCCACAAGAGGCUAAGUGGAUGACUGUUUCCUCUUUCCUUCUUCUUCUCCACUUGUGUUGAGCUUGUGCAGUUCUCCCAACUCCAUACUGCCCCACAUGGUUGCUUUUGGUAUUGAGCUAACACUGCUAUUGUCUGCCUGCAGUAUCAGCCAGCUGUACUGCCUCUCUGUAGUCAGUGUGUAACACUCUACAGACAUAACUCAAGUGAUUGACUUGGUUGAUGAAGUUUGGUAUACUUAUUCUAAAUCAUUGAUCAUUGAUUUUUGAUUUUUAUCUUUGUUAUAAGAGCCUCCAUAAGGUAUUGAUGAAGUAACUCCUUGAACCAAUCACCUGAUCUUGUUGUUACUUAUCACAUCAUUGAGCAGUUUUACUGUUCCCUAUAAUACAUGAAUGUAUUAACCCUCCUUAUAAGAUUAAUUAAUUAAUGAACAAAUUAAUUAAUAUUUGAAAUUUAUUUUACCAUUUCAGAUGAAUUGGGUAGUUGAAUCUUUAGCUUUAUUGCGAUUGGUGAAUUAACUGCAGAGUUAAUUCCUUAAAUUGACAAUUUCAUCGAUUUUUCCCAAUUCAUCCAACUGCACCAGGCAGGUUAUUUAAGCUUUGCUGAUCUCUGCAACACGGAGACAAACUGAACCCUUUAUUCAAUGGUUCUGUAUCUGAUGUUAAAUUUAAUUUAACAUCAUUUCAUUGUUUUUCAAUUUUGAUUGAAAUGAAUUUAACUUUAUGUUAUUUUUCUCUCCAUUAGAUAUCUACUCAGAUAGGCUCUUCCUCUUUAUCAAGCAUUGAUAAAUUAAGUCGAUUAACUCACUUAAUUUGAUAUUGUACUUCUUCCUUUCAGUUUAAGUCAACUCAAACUCAUCAACCAACCACCUGCACCUCUUUACCAAAACCAAACAUGCCUAACACAAAAGAGUCCAGCCAGGGAGACCCCCUGAGGGACAUACACACAGUGUUGGCAAACUUGACUAGUCAGUUGAUACCUCAGUACAUGACUAAGAUUCAAAAGGCCAAACCCUCCAAUCCGGAGGAUGCAAUGGCUGACUUACUGGAAACAGCCUUAACCACGACACUUCGUGACAAAGAGCUCACUAGAUGCAUGUCUGUCAUGAUGUCUUCUCAGCUUGAGUAUAAAGACUACUUGCUGGAAUGCGCUUUAGCAAAGAUAAAGGCGCAAAAAGACGAAAACAGCGCUCUGAAAAAGACGUUAGAGGAGACUAAGAAGUCUCUAAGUGUUUUAGAAAAACACAGUGCCAGAUGUGAAGCGUCAAAGCUUCCCUCACUAAGUCAUGAAGAAAAUCUUGAUCUCAAAGACAAGAUUGAAAGACUUAAUGAAACCCUUUACAAAAAGGAGAAAGAACUUGAUGACACGAAUAAGCAGCUUGCUAAGACCACAGAGGAUCUGAUACAGUCAGAAUCCCUACUAGAGCAAGCAACAGAAGAUGUAAAAACUUUGAAAGCAUUGGUCAAAGUGCGUGCUGAAGCUCUUGAAGCUAAGGAGAAGCAAACUUCUACCUUACAGCACCAGCUCCAGAUAGCUCAGAGACAGUUAAUUCUUUGUCAAGAACGGCAAGAAAAGACAGACAAAGAACUUGAAGAUGCCCAAAGAGAGUUACAAUGCUCCCUCCAGUCAGGUCGAGCCCAAAGAGAACGCAUGGAGCAAACUUUUCUUGAAGAAAUGAUAGGUGAUCAGCCUCCUGAGAGAGCGCCAUCACUUCCUUCCAAACCAACUCUUAAGUAUCUCUCUCAGCAUCAUGACAGGACCCUGCUUGACCCUGAGAGGUCAUCCUUAAACCAAGAGUCCUACUCUCCUCCUCAUGAUGGUUUUUUACCAUUUCCCUCAGACAGGGAUCUUGACAAAAUUGCUCGCAUCAUAGCACGCUUUGAACCUGAGCACCAAGGUGCUACUGACACCUGCACCUACUUGAAAGACAUUGACUUUUACCUGCGGAAAUUUCCAGGUGCAACCGUUGAUGACAAAAUCUACCUUAUUAAGGCGACGUCAAGUCGAGAGGUUAGCAGUUUCCUAGAACGACAGCCUUAUCAUGUCAGAAAUAAUUAUGACUUGCUCUGCCAAGCAUUAAUUGAAGAGUUUUCUGACUAUUUGACCCAGACAGGCCUCUCUGCUGCUCUGUCUAUUAAACAAGGGAGAUCAGAACCUCCCCAACAUUAUUACAACCGCUUACGCGAAGCUUACUUUGGUUUCCGAAAUGAACCAGAAAUGGAGGAGGACUUGAACUUCAAAACGCUGUUCGUCCAGAACCUCCACCCUACCACCAGUCAUCACCUUGGCGUCUUAGCUUGUCCAAACACUUCGACUAGCCGACAGCUUCGUGAACUUGCUGUAAAAGGUUUUGCCAAACAACGACAAACUUUGGCUAAGAAAGCAGAGCCCGUUACUCUCUUGGCUAUGGAGACAAAAUCACUGCCCAUGGAGCUGAACGAAGCUUCAGACUGUGUAUUUUCAGGCUCCGAUAAGCCUCUAAAUGAGUGGUUAACCAGGCCUCCAAAACCUUUUCGACCUCAACAAACUCACAAAGGUCAAAGUUACACACCAAGGCCCAGGUCUGACUCAGACCAAUGCCGGGUAAACUUUGAGACCAACUGUUGUUAUUCAGACUCCCGUCACGGUGGGUUUUAUCCCAGACAAAGGAAAAACCAUCGACACCGCCAAAGGGGGGUGAAUGACUGGCAGAAUCAGAGUAAAUUACACUCUCAGAAACGACGAUCUUAUUAUCCACCUCAAUCGGUUUCAUCCACUUCGAAGGUGAAUAAACAUGACAACUCAGCUAACCACUGAGAUUAACACUGCGGAGUCAUGAAGGUGUGAGUCCUGCGAAAGCAGAAGUCACCCAGCCAAAGCUGAAUGACUCCAAUAAGAUAUCCAAAUGCUGUGGUGAUACAUUGAUGACUGCAAUCCCAGUUGCUGCUUUCUUUGUUAGCAUUUGUCUCUCCUCUGUCAAUAUGGUCAGCUUGUCAGCUGUCAAAUAUCCCAUGAACAGAUUAAAAGCUGAAAUUUCUGUCAUUAAGACUCAGAUUGACAAAUUUCAGACUCAACGGCAGAUAAUUAGUCAAACCGAUAAGAGCAUCAUCCCCAAGUUUAACAGACAAAGUUUAAGAGAAACUCUGUACAGUAAACUUUUGAUGUUUGUGAUUCAGGUUGACUAUGCUCAUACACAGAUGGUUAAUAUGUCUAUAGCAGACAUUUCUUUUCCAUCUAAGUCUUAACCAUUUUUGAAACUGAAAUUGAACUUUCAGACUUCUCCAGCAAGCAUGAAAAACAGCUAUAGCUUUAGAUCCAGUUAGCAUUCAGACUAAAGAGUGCUUUUCUAAAUCUCAUUAAUACUGAAAAUUAGGAGAUUUUCUUUCACAUUAGUCUAUUACUGACCAUCUAAAUAAACAUUAACGUCUCAACCCAGAUCUCCCAUUUGAGAUUUAGCGUCUUAAAGUGUGUGAACAUACGGACCCCAGGAUAAAGGGGGGCCACUGACCUCCAGACCUCGGUCGUAAAACCCUGCUCGACCAUACACUGAUAAAGACUGCAUUCCUUUGGUGAAAGAAUACAAAUGACUGAUCAUGACAUCUUAUGCAUUCAGCAAUGUACUAAUCUGUCUAAUCAUGAAAUUUGUGUUAAAAUGAGAUGUUUCCCGUUUUUCUAUGUGCUUCAGAAGCCAAGUUAUCUUAUCUGACAGAAUAAAUCCUUAUUCUUUAGUUCUUUAGACCAACAGCUUUUCAGACUGUUUCAUGAACUUUUAAGAGUUAAAUUUAUCGACUAUGAAUCAUAACUUAACUCUAGGUAACAGAAACAGUUUAGAAAUGUUUGGUUUAUAUUGUAGAUGUUUAUUUAGUAUUUUUAACCAUUAGGUGGUUAUAAUGUCAUUGAAUAAUCUGAAUGUGAGUAUUCAUUAUCCAUUAUUAAUCAUGAUGAAGUUCAUUCACAUGUAUUUACUCUUUUGUUGUUCACAGUUUCCAUGUGUUACUAUCUGUUUCAUUUCAGAGUAAUUUAGCAUGUUUAAUGUGAUACUUAAAACAUAAUGAGAAUGUUUGAUGUGAUCCUACACUUCAUUCAUAUGUGUUUAGUGUCAAAUGAUUUAUCAUGAAACCUAGCAUUCAAUGAUAUUAAUCAUAGUGAGUGAGUAUCAGAUCUGACUCUUUUACCAGCCAAAAGUAUAAGUUAGAUCAAAUAAUCAGAGAUCCGAGUUCAUCUCUGCUUGGAGACCACACAACCCCUCCUCCUCUUUCUCCUCACACCCACACGCCGGAGACACACCCAGUGUGAGAAGAUAAAACCAGUGAAGUGGGGUUGCUCACUCUCUUAUGUCUCUUCUUAUGCCUCUUAUCUCUCUUAUGCUUCUGCUCUUCUGCUGACUCUCUUGUCCCCGGCUCUUAUGCCCCUUCUCUUCUGUCCACACCCUUCUGUGGGGCGUUUCUUUGUUUUCUCUUAGAACUUUUUCUUAGUCUUCUAAGUUUUACGCCACGUGUUGAUUCACGUUGAUUUUCUUUAACAUCGUCUUAGUUCAAGUUUUGAAACUUCAACUUUUUGUGCGCAUAGCAAUUCAAGAUUAAGCCUUUGAUUGAUUUUUCUUUAAAUUCGCGAAGCCAUUUUUGAAAGUUUUCUCUGCUCUUCGAGCCUCGUUUUUCUGAGUUUUCUGCGUGAUUUCAAAGUCACCUCCGAACGCAAUCCAACAGGCCCAGGUCAUCCUCUGUGCCAGAGUUUUUGAGUGAGACUAAAGAAGUACCCAAACGAGCAUCCACAGGAUCCACAGGCGCUGGUUUUUGCUUCGGGCCUGAGUGCUGCAACUCCUGGCUCAUCCUUCGGCUGACUUCAGUCGUCUUCUGAGCUGAACCGCUCGAACCGCCAGUAGCCCCGGACCUUCGGAACCUGCUCCAUCUUCUCCAAGGACCAGUCUCACUUAAGUAUGCAAACCUCCAGAGCUCCAGACAGGGUUGAUGCUGUCUCACGCGUUCAUAACUCAGAUAUCCACCUAUUUCUGGUGAUCUUAGAUUCCUCCGAAUCUACACCCGAGUUUAUCUCGACACCAAAGUUAGUGUAGGUUAAUAUGUUAGCGCAUAUUCACUCACUAUCAUUAACUUUAGUGCUCCUAGCCUGACUCAGAAUCUUUAUUUAUUCACCUAUUAUUAUUUAUCUUCAUUAUCUUAUCAUCAUUUAUUGCAUGUGUGUUGUACCAUCAUUUAUCCUGUAAUAAACAGAUCAUUAUUUUUCUAAGUUCCUGUCUGUUAGUGUUCUUCCAGAAGUGGAGUCCCUGAAAUUAGAAUUUCGACUUAAGAUAUGAGACUGAUUAAUUAAGACUGAUUAAUUAAGACUGAUUAAUUAAAACUGACUUGAUGUUUGAUUUCUGAAUUAAACUUUUGUUUUCUUUAUUUUCCCACCAUUAAGGGUGGGUGGUGCCCCUUUCAACGAGUGCAUAAAUGUCAUAAUUUGAGAUUAUUAAUCUUCAGACAUUUAUUAUAAAUUCCAAUCGCCAAGUAUUAUUUUGGUGCGGCCUUGUGAGGCUCAUUUCAAAUCGCUACAUAUAUUUUGGUGCGACCGUAUGAGGCUCAUUUCAAAUCACUACACUUCCCAGAGAAUUCGCCUCUUCCUUUAAAGAGCUGAGAUGUCUCCUAGGGAAUAAAAGUCAGUCACUCGCAGCUGGAGCCUCCAAAUAUCUCUGAUGGCAGAGUUGUCAUUCAUGUUGGAUUACAUGGUGCAACAAAGUGUAAGAGCCCGUCUCACCCGGUGGAUCUAUGUUUGCAGACCACUGAAGCGUCACCGAAACAGACAUGUCUUACAGCGGACGCUCUGAGACGAUCAAUCACAGGCCCUCAGCUCCUGCGAGGCUGCCACCUGGCUCGCUCAGAGGACAGGCAAAGUACAGUACAUGAUGGCGCCUUAACAAACCGCAGCUGGCUUUCCAAGAAUCCCCAAUUAAGAGCUCUGUUGAAUAAGUUAUGAGGACGCUGGUUUGCGAAACUGAUGAUCCUGCAGAGUUAGCAAAGAGCAGAGACACGUGAUCAGUCGAGAUGUUUAAUUACAGAGUGAUAAGGAAGUCGAACCCGUUAAUGUUUACUGUGCUCGUAAACUGCAGCCAUCUUUAAGGGGGGCUGAUGCCAGCAGGAUAUUAACGCGAGGGCUUUGAAAUGUCAAGAUGUCUGAUACUUUGAAAUCCUGGCUGAUGCAUGUUAAGUUUGGCUUCUUUACCAGUCAUUUCAGCAAGCAAACAGUCGACAGCAGAGCUUUGUUUACAUGGUAAACAUAUCUGGGAGGUGAACAAAGACUCAUAGUGUAGAGGAAAUACAAGUGGCUGCCUCUUAGUGACAAGGCCCCCCAACAGCUAUUGAAACACGGGGAUAAGUAAGUCUAAGUGAACGAUUUCAUUCUUUUUUCCCCCCUGACAGUAACACUGAUAAUAAAAGACCAAUUACAGUCAUUCUCUCCUUUCAGUACGUCAGUCUGGAACACAUAAAAAGCAGCUUUGCAUGAUUUGCAGCACAAAGCUUGUGGGUGCUACUUUCUUUACAGCAUUGCAACCGUUAAAAAAACCCCUGAUAGUUUUGCAGAAAACAUCUGAGGCACGCCAUCAGCACUCAGCUCCUGCUUGAACCGGCCUUUGUUUGCACCACGCACAGCUACACUGUGGCUACAAAACUUUUUACCAUUUUCUGGUGCCUCUGUCUUGAGGAAGAGAAAGUAACCAAGCCUCUCUAAAAAAACUCUUGUGGGCAAUUUUCCAGGACAUACUGAAUCAACAAAGUGCAGUACAGUCAAAACUGUAGCUAGAAAACACGUUCCAGAUCAUGCAUCCUUAAACUUUGCAGAGGUUUAAUAGUUUGGUCAUCCAGUGUUGUGUUAUUAUAUGGAUUUAGUAAAGCUGGAUUUAGCUGAAGAAACAGUCCUGCUUUUAUAAUUAUUUAUAUAAAAUAUUAAAAACUAAUGAUACAUUUGUACAGAAGAGUAUGGGGCCACUAAAAAAAAGGUCCAAUAUAUUUUUAAAAAAUAUUAUUCUGACUUUAAUCUUAGAAUUCAAACUUUUUUCAGAACAAUAAUUUUAAAAAAUAUAUCGUGUUUUUUUUUAUUUUUUUUAUUUUUUUCAGUGGCCCUAAUCCUUUUUUGACAAAUGAAUCGUUAGUUUUGAAUAUUUUAUAUGAAAAAUUGUAAAAGCAGGGCUGUUUCUUCAGCUACUUGUCUGACACCUACCCCCCUGCUGAUGAUCUCCUUUGCUUUUGCAUCGAUGUGAAUUUCAAUCUGUUUCAGUAAUAUGAAAAAAGACGUCACAGGAGCUUUGAAACUAGAACUCAAAAAAGAAGCUCAGACUGUUUAGAGAUUGUAUCAUCACAUCAUUUGCUCAGCAGAGAAGCUCCCGACUCCAUGGUUUGCAAAACUUUGAGCACUGCCUGUAGCCCGUGUAACAGAGCAUCACAGCAGAGAAGAUAAGACUGAUCCACAGUGAAUGAUCUUGAAUUUAUUUAGUUAUUUGUUUGGACAGCACCCCCCACAGUUCUGCGGUAAAGUCAUAAUGGUAUAAAAUCAAUGCACACAUCUGCACAGAAGAGCUCAAAACUUGCGGAUUGAUCUGUGAAUUUUUCUCCUCUUAAUCAAUCUUGUCGUUCCUUGAGCUCUGUUUCUUUUUCUGUUCUUCCAGCCAGCUAUUUGUCAGCUAAGUCAUGUCCAGGCACCUGCCUGAGUUUAUCGACCACAGCUGGGUUUAAUGGCAUUAUGCUGAUGGCUGCAGUGAUAUCUUUUGUAUGCCGCCUGUGAGUUGGGAAUUAAGUGUAGAGGUAUGGGGAGCCAGCAUCACCGUCUAAAUGCUAAAUGAAAUGGAAAAUAACCUGUUAUUUAUUUACCUGUUGUGUAGUUUUUUUCAGUUGGGUUAUUUUUCAUUAAUUAAUUUGUUUGAAAGAAGAACGUAUUGGUCCAUAAGAACCCAAACAACAUAUUUAACAUCUUAAUCUGGUUACUCUAUCUCUGUGUCUGUCUUCUGCAGCUAAAGAUCUCCUUCAACGAGUCCAGUCUGAGGAGCACGUACGAGUAUCCAUCAGAGAACAGCUGGGACAGCGGGGAGGAGGACGAGGGGGAGAAACAAGACGUGAAGGUGGCGGAUGAACAGCCAAGUAUGGUGGGACGCAUCCACAUCCCCCGACCCAGUUUUGCCAACUCUCCAACACACUUGAAUAACAGCAAUGGUGAGACCCCAAGAAAUGAGAGAAACACUUCAAACUUAGGGUUUUGUUCUGAAGUCAGAUGCUUGAACUCACCUAAAACCUUUAUAAAAGACCUUUAUUGUUCGAUUCUUCAAUUUUGGCAUCUUAUUGGCUGUUGGCUGCUUUGCUGUGAAAUAUUUUGCAGCAGAUACUCAUGGCCCAUAAAUGUUGAUCCAUGCAUUUUUUUAUCUUCUUAGCCACUUCAAACCCAUUUUUUCAUUGUUAAUAUUGAAUUUUCAGUCUAUUUAUGUAACUUUAUAGGAUGUUGAGUACAUGAAAGAUUGGCUUGGCAGAAUGAAAAGAGGGACUGUCUCACUCUGAUGUUUUUAUUUUAUUGUAUAGUAGCAUUUGCCUCAUAAUGUUUGAUGUGUAUAUUAGUAGUUUAGACAUGUCUGAGUUGCUUUGAGUCUACUUGUGUAGUAUGAAGUCCUCACAAGCUUAUCAAGAUCUAAAAUGGCUUACUUUGUCCCUCACGUUUACCACUGUAGCAGAUCAUUCAACACUUUCACCAUCCUUAACCUUUUUCUCUUUCCCUUUAAACAAUAUUUCAAAUUUUAAGGUUAUCAAAAGCCAAACAAACUUCUACAUUACCUUCCGACCACUUAAAUUUAAGAUCAAAUAGAGACAUGUGGAGAUUAUCAAUCUACAUAGAGUCAUAUGAAACUUGAUUGUCACUUUUUAAUAGCUCAUUAAUCCAGCAGCUUUUUAUGUACAGAGAGGGAGGACAAGAAGAGCAUGCAAGUUUGGGGAAAUUUGACGUGGGGAUGAAAAAUACAGGGGAUGAAUAAUUGGCAGGAGCAAACAUUGUAAGGCGCUUACAAGACAUGCAAAAACUAAAGGUUACAUAUUUAUUCAUUGUGCCACAUCUGUGUUAAUUGCUGUUUUUUUUGCUCUCUGUAUUCAAUUUUUACCAUUUGUGUUUUUAAAAAGUUGUAAAUUUGACUGUAAAAAGUGUGCAGAAACCCAAUGAAGGUUGCUGUCUGAGAAGAACACUUUUAGACAUCAUAAAAGCCUGUCAGUCAUGGUGGCACACUGACUUCAAUUUUACCUUCCUUAGACCAGAAUUUACCCAGUAUUUGGCAGUCACUGGUGUCCUCCAAAUCUUUAGUCCAAUUCAGAACCAAAUCUGGUACCUGGUUCUGUUAAACAGUCAGAAGUUGGUCUUGUAAGAACAGUUAUAAGUUUGAAUUCAAUAAAGAGGAUAACUUGAACGGAAUCUGGUUUUAUGACUACAUUGUAUCAGAGGAUAUUUACACUUGAUGCCAAGUCAUGGAGACUAUAACUGUUUAAAAGCAGCAUAAAGUAUGAUGACAGAGCCCCCUACUGGACAAAUCAGGAACUAUAUUUAAAAAAGAAUUGAUGGAUAUGCAAUGUUUGAGUUCAGCAGGUGACUUAUACAGUACAUAUUUUCAAAGUAACAGAAACUUGUUUCUCAUUGACCAUUUGGGCAAAAUGAAUGAAAUAUUUGAUGCUGGGAAUGAAACUUAACCUUUUUUGGAGGUAAAAAAAAUGGUUGAGAAUUUCCAAAGAGACGGCAACAAUAAACCAGGGAAGUGUGAAAUCAUGAUGUCUCUUUGUUGUCUUCAGAUCUUGCCAGCUACGUCCCCAAACACUCAGUGGACUUCAACACCUGGCAGGAGCAAAAACAUGAAGAGAGUGUUUACCAGGAGGAGACGGCUGCCCAGCAGACAGAGAUCACAGAGGAAGUUAUGGUCAGGAUAGCCUUUAUGUUCACAUCAAAUUGAAUCUAAUCAUUUCAAAUGUCUCUGAGUCUUUGAGUGGCCAUAUACUCUUGACCUUUUCAGUGAGAAUGAUGCACUCUUGUGCUGCCUAUGAAUAAUCAAAUAAAGAUGAUUAGCUGAAUGCUGAUUACAAACAUCAUGUGCUGCACGCAUCAUUGACACAUUUAAAAAACUGUCCUCUCUCUCCUCAGCUUACACCAGCAGACAGCUCUUCCCUGUCUGAUUACAGCAGCGAGCCGGCGCUCUACUUCUGA